AUGGUGUAUAUCAAACCGGAUAUUUCAAUAUCCGAGAAAAAUGAUGAUCAUAUACUAAAUUUCAAAUCUGACCAGAGUCAUUCUGAUAGUACUGUGAGAAAUGAGCGAGAAGUCGAUGAAGUUACACUUGCAAACAUUUCUAUCAUUCCAGAAUCUAUCGAAAACAGAUUUAACAAGCCAACAUCUCUCAGAGCAUUUGUACAAUUCGACAGUCAAUUCGCAGAAAAAGUAAACGACAUUUUUGUGACAUUGAGAUGGAACCAACCUGAAUUUACCGAUGAAAUAAUACAAGAGUACCAAGUGCAAUGUUCUAUCUUCGAAGACUUUAAAGAAACUUGCAACGAUAAAAAUAUCACAACUACAAAAUUGGAGCACACGGUGCACAAUCUAACAUCUAACACGACAUAUUAUUUUCGAGUACGUGCGCAUACUAAAAUUGUUGCUGAUCCUUACACGGAUUUAAUCAAUGUGUCGACUACACAUGAAAAUCCAAUACCUAAAUUAUUAUUCACAACGAAUCGAGGUAUUGAAAUAUUGGACGUGGAUUUAAACGUUACUAAUUUCAUAACAUCAGAAAAAGUAGAAUAUGCCGCUUAUUCGAUACAAGAGAAUAGAAUUUAUUGGAUUGACAAAAAAAAUCUAAUGACAUUGAAGAUUAAUGAAAAUAAUGUCACAAAAAUAGCUAGCUUUGAUAAUGAUCUAUCUAAUCUCUGCAUUAACUGGGUAACAAGAAAUCUAUAUUUCGAGAUCAAAGAUACAUGGUCCUCUUAUGUUGUAAAAUUCGAUUUAACAAUGUGGGAAAGUGGCAUAAUUAAAUUUGAUGAGCUUUUGGAAACAAAAAUUAAUGACUUUACUUUACGUAUAUCACCGUCUAUGGGACGAUAG